AUGACUGAAUGUUUGAAAGAACAAACGCCAGAUAAAGAAUGCAUGACAUAUGCAAUUAUUUCGCACAAUAUUGGUAUGAUUUCAUUUCUAGAAAAAGAAUACAAAUUAAAGCUGAAUUUGCAAGAUUGUGGUGACUUCCACAAUUAUGAAGCCUUUUCUUUUGACUUGGAUCAAGAAGAAUAUUUCAGUUAUUCAUUAGUUUUUUCAAUAAACUUUCUCAUACCAUCACUUUGUGAAUAUCUUACUUCACAUGGUUCAAAAAUUCGAGGAAGUGAUUUUUUCGAAAAUACAGCUUUACAUUAUUCAGCUCAAUUUAAUUGUACCGAAAUAGCAGAAAUUCUUAUUAAGAACGGAGCAAUUAUCGACGCAAGAAAUUUUGAUGGAGAAACUCCUCUCAUGGUAGCAUCUCGAAUGGAGGGUAAAGAAACAGCAGAGCUUCUUAUUUCUCAUGGUGCAAAUAUGAAUGCAGCAGAUAAAUUUGGGAAAAAUGCUCUCAUCAAAGAAGCGCGCUACGGAGGGAAAAAUGUCGCAGAACUUCUAAUCUCACAUGGAAUAGGUGUAAAUGCAAAAGGUAAUGAUAAUAAUACUGCUCUUCUUUAUGCGUCGAAUUCUGGUAACAAUGAAAUGGCUGCAAUCCUUCUUUCUCACGGAGCAAAUGCUCCUCUACAUUUUGCCUCGAAAUCCGGUGAUAAAGAAAUGGUUGCCGUUCUUCUUUCUCAUGGAGCAAAUGCCAAUGAAAAAGAUAUCCUUGGUAACACUGCUAUACAUUACGCGAUAUCCUCUAAUGAUAAAAAAUGGUUGAACUCCUUCUGUCUCACGGAGCAAAUGUCAGUGCAAAAGGUCUAUUUGGAGAUACGCCAGUUCAGUUGGCAAGGUAAAAGAAACAUUUGGAAAUUGUGA